CUGCCGAGUUGCCCUGUUUAGAAUAUCAAGGUGGCAACACUGCACUUUUGUUUCAGUCUAGUAUUAUUGUGAUUUUAUAUCGUUUUCUUCGCAUGUUCUUUUUCUAAAAUUUGUUAAUUAGUUUUGCAAAGUAGUUAAAUACUUUUUAUCAUGAAAGAUUUAAUGUUUAAAAAAUGUAGAGUUUUUCAGAUGAAUCAUGUGGAAUUGAGCUAACUUUUUUUAUUGCCAAUGCUUUGUAGUUGAAAUAAUAAAGUGAGGGUCCGGGGUUGAUAUUAUAUUCUCUCUAUAGAUAGUAUGUUAUCAACGUCUCUGUGUAACAUAUAGGUAUUAUUAAAUUAGAAUGCCGCCUGAAUAUUAUUUGUGAUACAAUUAUAUUCUGCUAAAAAUGAUAAAACAAUCCGUUGCACCCCGAAGUGUGCAUCCGUAUCAAACAACAGUGUUACCACGCAGUGAACAGCAAUUUGCGACGGCUUCACGGCUUCGAGCAAAGUAUCCGUGGAUAGAAGAUGUUAACACACCAGUUUAUCAAGCUACUAGUACUGACGCCUCUACGCCUGAACAUCAGUAUCACGUUCCUCAAUAUUAUGUAAAAGAAAAUGGUCCACCAUCACCUGUGUACCAUGCUCCAUAUGGCACUGGCACAUGGAGAAAUUACAAUAGAGGAGAGAAAGCGAUGCCCAACACAUAUACUUUCCCGUCAUGUGCUUCUGCAUUUUCUUUACCAUUAUGUGAUGUAGAGCCCAGUCAGAGGAUGGAGCGAUUGCAAGUACCAUCAGUACAAUCAGUUAGCCCUGAGGUCCCAAUUAUUGGAGCAUGUGGUGGGCAUUGCCCUGGAUUUGAAUAUGUUUGCUAUUAUAUAUUACAGGUUAUCUUUGUGGUUGGCAUUUUAACUGGAAUCUCAUUAUGCAUAGCUGGUAUAGUAUUAAGAAAAACAAAUAGAAAUGGUGAUCUUGGAGUUUUGGUAUAUAUUGGUUGUCUUUCCUCAUGUGUUUGUGGAGUUUUACUGGGAGUCCAAUGUUGUGUCCGCCGAGAAAUUAGACAGCGCAAGUUGAGAGCCAAUACACACAUUCCCAUGCAGCCAAUUCAGGAGUUUCCUGUAACUACCCACCCACUAAUACCGUCCACAUUACCUCGUAGUCAAAUAUAUAGGCCCACAACAACUAACUUGUCUCAAGAAGACGAAAUACUCGGAGUUCCCUGGUGGCGCCGUACUAACAGAGACUGAUUAGUUUUAAGAUAUACUCAUCUUGUAUGAUUAUUAUUUGUAUUGUAAUAAUGAUUUUUUCAAUUAAAUAAAUGAUGAAAAUGAUAUUUAGAU